AUGGCUGCCUCUGUUCACUAUUUCUCCUUUUACCCACCACCCUCCGACCAACAUCCCCUCCCUUCUCCGUUUCCGGCUCCAUCGCAUCACUCGCCGCCUCCUUCCUACAUUUUUCCUUCACCCCCAUCUCCACCGAAUCACCCACUUCAACCGCCGCCUCUUCCCCAUUUCCCACCGCCACCAUAUCCUCGUCCCCAUCUUCCACCGCCUCCACCUCACGUUCUUCCACCACCACCGGGGCACCAUUCAACUGUUAUCAUUGUGAUUGUUAUCUCUCUUGGCAGUUUGUUUUUUCUUGCGUUCCUCGCUGCUGCUCUCUUCUGCUGUCUCAAGAAAAGAAGAACGUCUUCUCUAAAGACUGAAAUCACCAAGUUUGAUGAACACAUCAAAGUUCAAGAAGUCAUCGUGCCUGGACCCCACGGCGAACCAACAAGAGUGGUAAUGCUUGAAGAGGACAUCCAUUUGGAAGAGAAUAUUCACAAGACUGGUCGAGCUUCUCACCUGAAUUCAACUGGAGGACAUGCCACUGAUAUAUCAGACCCCAAUCAUCACCUUAUUGAGCACAAGGCCUAA